AUGACAUUAGAUCCUAAGAAAAGAGAUGUACUUAUAUCAAAGUCAUUGUCAUAUUUGCUAAGACAUGGAGCAGAGAAAGAGAAAUUAAAUAUAAACAACCAAGGUUAUAUACCAAUUCCAGAUAUAUUAAAUCAUCAAAAAUUAAAAUCUUUUAAAACUACUAAAGAAGAUUUAUUCAGAAUAGUUGAAGAAAAUGAUAAAAAAAGAUUUACAAUAGAUUUGAGAAAUCAAUUGAUAUGUGCAAAUCAAGGUCAUUCAUUAGCUGUCGUUAAUAACGAAAAUCUAAUAAAAUUAUCGAAAGAAGAACUAUUAAAAUUAAAUAUAUAUCAUGGAACAUAUAAAAAAAAAAUAUCAUUAAUUAAAAGUUCAGGAGGGUUGAAAAAAAUGAAUAGAAAUCAUAUACAUUUCACAUGUGAUGAAUAUCAAUCAAUAUCAGGUAUUAGAAAAACAGCAAAUGUAUUGAUUUAUUUAAAUAUUGAAAAAUGUUUAGAUCAAGGUUUCGAAUUUUAUAAAAGUUUAAAUAAUGUUAUAUUAUCAUCUGGUGACUCUAAUGGAAUUAUUCAAUGGGAGUUUAUUUCAAAAAUUGUAGAUUUAAAUAAUGGAUCUGAAUUAGAUUUGGAUGCUAUAUAG